AUGUUGACACACGACAGAGACGAAGAACUCUCUAUGUUCCUUGAGAUGCGUCGACGUGAGAAAGAACAUAGAGGAGAUUCUCUUUUAACAGGAUCUGAUAAUGUUAGUAGUAUCAACGGAAUGUUGAGGACUGCGGCGGCGACGGCACUCUCUGGUAUCUCCGAAACGAUGUCGUCUCAACGUUGUCUUCCCCGGAGAACCGCCGCUGAGAACUUCCUGUACUCGGAAAAUGAGAAGUCCGAUUACGAUUGGCUGCUAACGCCGCCAGGCACGCCGCAGUUCGAGAAAGAGUCACAUAGAAGCGUAAUAAAUCAGCUCGAUGCUCCCAAUUCUCGCCCCACGAAUCUUAAAUCUCGGCUAGGGAACUGCCGUGAAGAGAUAGUCUCAAGGAACAAUAACAAUCCUCAAAUGUCGUCGUUUGGGGGCAGCUCUUCCUCUGUAGCUGGACUUAGAAGACCAUCUUCCUCAGGUAGCUCAAGGUCAAGUAGCAGACCUUGCACACCAACCAGAAGGUCUACAACUCCAACCACCUCCACAACAAGGCCUGUGACCACUAGAGCUUCAAACUCUAGAUCCUCAACACCCACCUCACGUGCUACCAUAACCGCUGCACGUGCUACUACCUCCACCGCGGCUCCACGCACCACGACUACAACAACUGGUUCAGCUAGAUCAGCUACUCCAACUCGAACUAUGACCCGGCCAUCUUCUGCACCUUCUAAAAAGCCUUUAUCAAGGCCAGCCACACCAACACGCAGACCUUCAACCCCGACCGGUCCAUCAAUAGUUUCGAGUAAGGCUCCAUCGCGAGGGACUUCUCCAAAUGUAAAGUCGUCAAGGCCGUGGAAACCGCCUGAGAUGCCUGGUUUCUCUUUAGAAGCCCCACCGAAUCUGAGGACCACUUUACAAGACAGGCCGGUAUCAGUUUCAAGAGGCAGACCCGGAGUAGCCUCAGCACCAGGUUCAAGAUCGGGUUCUAUAGAACGCGGCAAUGGCCCCAUUAGUGGUGGCUUGGGACAUUCAAGAAGGCAAUCUUGCUCCCCUUCCAGAGGCCGGGCGCCUAUCGGGAACACCAACGGGAGUCUCACGGGUGUGCGUGGGCGAGCAAAGGCAAGCAAUGGUGGAAAUAGCUGCGAUAGCUUGAGCCCAGUGGCUAUGGGAAAUAAAAUGGUCGAGAGAGUGGUGAACAUGAGGAAACUAGGUCCACCACGGCUAACCGAAAGCGGUAGUCGAGGAACAGGGAAAUCUAGCUCAGCUUUUAACAGCCUUGGGUAUGGUAGAAACCUCUCCAAGAGCUCAAUCGAUAUGGCCUUAAGACAUAUGGAUAUAAGACGAGGCAUGACAGGAAAUCUGAGGCCGCUUGUGACGAAAGUUCCGGCAUCAUCAAUGUACAGCGUCAGAAGCCGGACGGCUAGUGUCACAAACUCUCCGGUAGCGACAAGCAGCUCAUCCGAACCUAGUGUCGACAACAUAAACAUUCUUUGCUUAGAUGGGAACGAAGCCGAAAACGAUGAUCUUCUCAGCGAGAGAAGCUAUUCUUAUUCUUCUCCGCGAAACCAGUUCUCCAAACUCCAAUCUUGA